UUCAUGAAAUUAAAAUACCCAGUCAGUUGAUAAGUAGAAUCUCAGACAAAGAAAUCAUCAUUCAUUAAUGUUAACUAAAGAAUAACAGGAACACAUGUGCAUCGAAUAAUAUUAAAAAAGAAAUUAAGUUAUACAGAUGAUCUGAGUUGUGAAUAUUUAUUUUACCAGGGAAAUAUUUACAUUAAUUUGUUAUACACUUGAAUUAAUUCAACACAAUUCAAUGGAUGACCUACAUGUACAUGUAGGGUAAGGCUACCCUAACUAGGUAAUUUUUUAGAGGAAUGUUUGGAAAAUAUUUUCCGAAUAAAACAAAGAUGGAUGAAACAGACUCGAACGACCUUAAGAAGGGAAAGGAGGAUGCACCAUGGUUAAACAAAAAAGUUGGAAAUGCACCAAGAAGAAGUGGGAAAUUGGACAUCCCUGAUGAAAAUUUUGAUGAUAAGGUUGAUCAAGAAGAGUAUCUUCAAAGACAAAUUCAAAUGAUUUCCAACAAACGAUCAGUCCAGUUUAACGAGAGAGGAGAUAUGGCGAAAGGCAGUCUUACCAAAGGAAAUUCUGGACUGCCCAGAAAACCCAGUUAUCAGCUGAUGUGUGAUGAUGAUUUUGAUGACAUGAUGCUUAAAGACAGCAUUGGAUUUCCAUGUGAAAAUAAUAGGAAGACAACAAGGAAAGAACCAGUAAAUGUUGGAGAAGUUUCGGAGGAAUUAUCGGGGAUGACGCUGAAAGACAGUAUUGGUUUUCAGCAAAGUAGAGAAAUUUCAGAAGAGAGUUAUGAUGUUGAAUCUCUGGAUGAAGCAACAGAAGAAAUUCAACAGCUCAUUAAGAAUCGGACCAUUUCUUCUUCAGAAGGACAUAGAUUAUUAAUGGACCUUCAGAGUUGCCAAAGAAACACAGAUUUUACAGAUAGGAACUUUAAAGACUCCCAGAGUAGACACAGUAAUUCUUGCCGAAGAAGGAGUUUUCAUCUAAGUAGUGAUGAAGAAGAAGCUGAUGAAAUAAGAGAGCUAGUCAAGAACGAGACACUUACUGCCACCGAGGGUCGGCAAAGACUUCAAAAUCUUCAAGCUCGAAGAUUUCCAAAUCGUGAUUUCUCGAAAUCAAACCAGACCCCUGUAGGCAUGCCCUGUGGGUUUGAUGCAGAUGGUCUUCCACAGAACUGGAGCAGGGACUCAGAACCUCCCUUGCCUCAUCAUUCCAUGUUUAGGCUGAUUCCGUUGAGUGUGGGAGAUAAGGAAUGUGAUGAGAUAUACAGAGAGAUGGAGCAGGUGGGCCUGGAUGUGGUGAUGAUCGAGAGGCUACAGAAUCUGGAUUCUCUAGAAAAAUUUAAGGCCGAGACAAAACACAUGGCCAGGAGAAGGAAUCCAGAUGACGAUUUAAAUAUUCGUUACCUGUAUCACGGUACCUCCGUGGACAAGACGUGUAUCUGCGAGGAAGGACUGGACCAGAGACUGAGUAGGAUGGGCUACUUUGGUAAAGGAAUCUACUUCAGUGAUAAUCCUCUAAAGUGCCUUAAUUAUGCAAGAAGUUCUGAUGGAAAAGGAGAGUCGUACCUUCUUAAGUGCCGUGUUAUACUCGGAGAUCAGAAGUGUUAUAGAAAUGGAGAAUAUAAUACCACACUGAAGAGAGAACCCCCGAAGGAGAACCCCAGGCCAGGAUCCUCAAAGUUCUAUGAUUCUGUCAUGGGUUGUCCAAAAGACUACAAUGAAUAUGUAAUUUAUGAGAACAGAAGAGCGAUGAUUGAUUACAUCAUUACCUUCAAGGUCAACCAGCAAGGUCAAGACUCGUUACGAGAAAGGAUCCCUAGUCCUAUAUUUGACAGUCAGGGGAGAGAGACAGGUUUAAUUGGAAUAAAGACACCGGCCAAUGAAGAUGAUCAUUUUGACAGAAUAAGCCAGGUCAGAGAGGCCAUCAGAAGAAAGAGAUGUGAGGAGAGAGGACAGGAAUAUUCCCCACCUGAUGAGGAAAAGAAAAUGAAGGACAAAGAAAUGUGGUUAAGACUACAGAAAUUACAUAAUGUGGAUGAAAAAACACUACCAAGUUUGGAAGAGAAAAAAGCCAGAAUGAGACAUGCGGCCAGUGAGCCUCAGUUUCAGCCGGAGGAUCUAGAGGGAGCGUUCACAGAAUCCACCACUAACACCACAAUGCUUCCGCAUUCCCAGAGCUUUACCUGUGGUAUGGGAGAUGAUGAUGUAGAGAAAGUGAUGACGUCACUUAUUGCCGAAUUUGUGGAGGUGACAAGUUGUGACAACUCAGAAACUGCUCGAUACUACAUAGACAAAUGUCAAAUGAACAUUGACCAGGCCAUUGUUUGUUACUAUGAUGACAUGCCUUAGUUAUCUUCUUAGAUGAAGAGUUCCAAAUUCUCCAAGAAGAAUAACCCUUAAUUUGUUUUUU